UUUUGGUGUUCCUUGUAAAAAAUGCGCGUCCCCGCGCUUCUCCCGGCCUGCCCAGUCUCCCAGCGCGCGCGCCCCCGCGGCAGGCUGGUGGAAAAAGCUGCAGCGGCUGUUACCGGAUCCACCGGAGAGAGAGCUGGCACCGAGCGGACUACACACACACACACACACACACCGAACACACACGGAUAUUUCCUUGUUCUCGUACCGGGGACCGAGCCUCGAACCGGGAUUUAACGGGUCCGGGAGGCGCAGCGGCGCGCGGAGCCUCCAGCAGCGGAACGCAGAAGAAGCUGCAGCCUGCAGACGCCCCGCGGCCUCCACUCACUCUGAUCUGGGACUCUGAGGACUCUGAGGACUGUGAGGACUGUGAGGACUGUGAGGACUGUGAGGACCUGGAGCUGCUCAGCCUGCCAGGAUCCAGAGGAAGGUUUUGUCUUGUCACUGUCGGACUUCAUGGCUGCCUGAUUCACUGUGCCACAUCUGAGGCCUGAACAAAGUUCAUCGUUGUGGUUCUGCAGCCGGUUCCUGUAGCCUGCAGCUUCAUGGAGGGGUUUCCUGUCCACUGACCUCGCAGGCCGCCUCACCGGACCAGCAGCCAUGUCCGCCUGCAGCACCUUCACCGAGCACGUGUGGAAACCAGGCGAGUGCAAGAACUGCUUCAAGCCCAAGAGUCUGCACCGUCUGGCUCAGAGCGGCGUGGAGAAGUCUGAGCCGAGGCCUCAGCAGCAGCAGAACCCUGUCCCUCCCGCCGGGGCCAGGGCCAACAGCAACCUCAGCAUCGGCUCCCAGAGGGCCGGCAGCGGCUCCGCCCGCUCCGGUCACUUCCGUCCGCCGGUGGCCAAGAAGCCGACCAUCGCGGUGAAGCCCACCAUGAUGCUGCCCUGCUCCUCCGCAGGUCUGGACUCGGACGGAAACCUGCAGCGACCGCCAAACGUGUUGGAGCACGGCAAGACGUCCGCCUUCACGGUCUGGAACCGUAACGGACUGAACCGAAAGAGGCCCGGUGGACCCAGCAACAACAACAACGAGGGAGAGGACGGCAGCGAGGAGAUAGAAGGUUACGGCCCGCUCAGCCCGCGGACCCCGAGUGGGAAUAACAACAACAGCGGACUGACGGACGUCCUCAAAGAGAUCGCUGGGUUAGGACCCGGCCCCAGCUCCAACCCCCUUUUGGGUUCCAAGGACUUGUUUUGGGGACGAAUCAGUAGUUCGUACCGCCGGUCUUUGGAAAGAGGCCUCCCAGCCUCCAGCUGCCUCGCCAUGGGAAGCAGCAGUGGUGGUGGCGGUACUGGUGGCGGUGGCGUUGUUGGUGCUGCUCAGAAACGGGUAUCCCUCAGUGAUAGCUCCGAGGUUAUCAGCGCGGAGGGCGGUCGGUUUUGCUACCCCGAGUUUUCCAGCGAGGGUGAGGAUGAUGAGGACGACGAGGACGAUGAGGACGACGACACUGAAAGAGAUGAAGAUGAGGAGCACGAGAGCUGGGAUGAGAGUGAUGAGGAGUUACUGGCCAUGGAGAUCCGGAUGCGUGGCCAACCGAGGUUUUCAAUCUUCCGCGCCGCCACUUUGUCUCCGGUGCCCUUCGCCGCGGGGAAGAAGUGGAACACCGUGCCGCUCCGUAACCGCUCGCUGCAGCGGAUCUGCGCGGUGGACUACGACGACAGCUACGACGAGAUCCUGAACGGAUACCCCUCCAUGGACUCCAACGGAGCUCUGCCUCCCUACGACGUGCAGGGCAGCGGCUUCCUGUCCAACUCGGAGUCGACCACUUCCCCGGAGUCCUCGUCGUCUCAACCGGAGGAUUCUCGGACCACGUCCAGCAGCGGCAGCAGCGCCCCCUGUCCUCUACGAAAUGGUCUUCAUUCUCCCACUUCCCCGAAGGCGGCGCCCGUCCCCUGCACGUCUCCUCCCAGAAAGGAGGCCGUCCACAGAGCGCUGAGUCCGCUCAAGGUGACUGAAACACACAAGGCGGUGCUCGCCAUUAGAUUAGAAGACCAGGACGGCAGAGAAGGCCUGCCCAUGCCCCAGGCCCUCCCGGGUCAGCCGGUCACCAUCAGCUUCAGCCCCACGGAGGAGCAGGCUAAACCGUACCGCGUGGUCAACCUGGAGAAGUCUCUGAUCUGUAAGCCGUACACUGUGGUGGACGUGUCGGCAUCUAUGGCCAACAAAGAAGAACAAACUCCAGACUCCGCGCCAAAACCCCAAAACCUGUCGAUGCCCUCCAGCCCCACAUCGUUCUGCAGCACUCCUCUGGGUCAGCCUCUGUCUCCAGCCUCCCCUCUUUCUCCGUCUUCUCCCUUGAAGCCAACAUCGCCAACAUCUGGAGCUCCAUCAGCCGCCUCCCGGAAGAAAUCUGGGAACAUCCGCUACCAAGAAGUGUGGACGUCGAGCACAAGUCCUCGCCAAAAGAUCCCCAAAGUGGACCUGGGCGUUGGGAGCGGCGCCGGCCCCUCCAUCCCGACUCACUGCAGCCACAAGUCGGCGCCCACUUCUCCCAUCGCCGGGCUGUCCUCCUCCAGAACUGUACCUGUGAAAUCCUCCAACUUAUCUGAGAUCAAGUUCAACAGUUUUAAUAACGCAGGCAUGCCUCCUUUUCCCAUUAUCAUCCGGGACGAGCCGGCGUACGCCCGCAGCUCCAAGAAUGCCGUAAAGGUACCGAUCGUUAUCAAUCCAAGUGCGUACGACAACCUCGCUGUGUACAAGAGCUUCUUGGGGGUCAGCGGAGAACUGGCGCAGCCUAAAGGGGGCAGCCGGGUCGCCAGCCAUACCUACGAAGAGAUUGGAUCCUCUGAGAGCGUCCAGUCGUCCUCAACGGAGAAAACUGUCUCCGGUAGAGGCACGUCGGAGAGAGCCUCUUUUGAAGAGACUAAAAGUCCUCCUGACGCAGCAUCUAAAGCGCCAAAUGUACAACCCAGAACCACUACAGACUCCAGCACUGUGACAAGCACUGUGAUGAGCUCCGCGGUCGGAGCCCUCUCUCCCACUACUCCUGCAAACUCCCCCGUCAUUCUUGCCAUUACUGCAAACCUACCUAAAGCCAGCCCUGCUGCCAACACCGUUACAAACACCUGCAAGACGAGUGGAGACGCUCCCUGCAGCAAAGAGGAGAAACCAGACCUAGCGUUGUCCCCUGGGAUAGCGGUAAGCCAAAGGGAGGAGGCCAGUGCGGUGCUUUUGCAGAUUGUGGCCUCCAUCCAGCCUCCCCAGUCUCCUCCGGCGUCGCCCUCGUCACAAGCCGACACGCUGAGCUCCGAGGAGCUGUAUGCCCUGCCGCCGGACGCCAUGAAGGAGACGCUCACCCGACCCAAAUCUCUCUUCUCCACGGCGGACGGCUGUCUGUCCAAACCCAAGAAGGACACGCCGACUAAAGUUUUGUCUAAAUCCCAGAGUGCCUCGGCUGCCGUCCCGCUAUCCAGCCCCCGGGCCGAGGCCGCCCCACCCUUCCCUCCUCCCAGAUCCACGUCUUCCCCGUACCACGCUUCCAACAUCCUCCAGAGACAUUUCGGCAACUGGACCAAGAGCUCCGGCUCCGGUUCUCCAGUGCGACCCGGCGAGGGCGAAGCGAGUCCGGGUGGCGAGGCGAGACGUGUUACCGCGGAGAGCUCCAAACCUAAACGCUGGAUCUCCUUUAAGAGCUUCUUCCGGCGGCGGAAAGACGAGGACGAGCAGAGAGAGAGGGCCGAGAGAGAGAAGGACAAAGGGAAGCUGGUCGGGCUCGACGGGACGGUCAUCCACAUGCUGCCGCCUCCGCCGGUACAGCAGCACCACUGGUUCACCGAGGCCAAACCGGAGGACCCCAACCAGAAGCCCACCAUCAUCUUCACCUACAAGCCAGAGAGCGGCAGCUCGCCCGGCGACGGCGAGGGAGAGCUGCGAGUAGAAGAGUGCAGAGAAACCACGCCGCUGUCUCCUGACGAGAGUAAAGACCCUCUGAGCCCGGCCCGCAGUGAUGUCAUCAGCAACGACUGCAGCCAGGUCCCGGGGGGGUCCGUUCUGGAUCAGUACCGCGAGCCGCCGGCCGCCACCUCGCUGCCCGCCAGAGUGAACCUGGGGCUGCUGCUGGGGGACGCCCACCGUGGCGCCAGCGAGGGCAGCGCCAGCCUCGGGGAGCCGGAGGAGGAUGGGAACCAGAGCCACCAGUCCCACUCCCCCGCCUCCAGCCAGCGCAGCGCCACCUACAGCAACCUGGGUCAGUCCAGAGCCAACAUGAUCCCCCUGAAACAGCCACGAAACACCAAAGCCUCCAACGACACUUUGGCCUCCAUCGACCUGGACCUCGCCGACCAGCCGGCCCCUAAGUCCACCCCGCCGCCGCUGCCCAAGAAAAACGUUCCCCGCUCCAACACCGAACCCAGUCUGGGAGGCAAAGAGUCGGUCCAGGGAGGCCUGAGACCUCGAGCCGAGGCCCGACCCGGAGGCACCAACCUGAGCGUUGCCAACCCCAUCUACGACCUGGACUCCACCUGGGAGACGGCGAGCCAGAGCUCCUCUCUGAGCUCCGAGCCUCACCGAGUCCAGGACCACGAGAGCGGGGACUCCCUGGAGAGGCCGUCGGCCGGGUCGGCCAGCAAGGCCCGCCCCGCUAACAGCGUGCCCUCCCUGGCUCCACAGCCUGCACCAGCUGCAGCCGGCGCCACGGCGAGCCGCGAGAGGAGGGCCUACCUGAGCACGGAGUCGCUGGCGGGCCGGGGCCGGGCGGGACGGGGAACCGCCGCCGGAGGCUCCAAACCCCAGAGACCGGCUCUGUACAGGGGGCUGGACAGCUGGGACGAGGUGGUGGGGAGGAUCCGGGGGCUCCACACCGACACGCUGCGGAAGCUGGCGGCCAAGUGCGAGGACCGAUUCAUGGCGGGGCAGAAGGACCACCUGAGAUUCGGCACCGACAGCUGGUCCCACUUCAGACUGACCACCGGGAAGCCGUGCUGCGAGGCGGGAGACGCCGUGUACUACACCGCCUCCUACGCCAAGGACCCGCUGGUCAACUACGCCAUCAAGAUCUGUCGGAGCAAAGUGAAGGAGACGCAGCAGCAGUUCUUCCACAGCCUGGCGGUGAGACAGAGCCUCGCCCUGCACUUCAACAUCCAGCAGGACUGUGGACACUUCCUGGCCGACGUCCCCGCCCGCCUGCUGCCCUGGGAGGAGGAGGAGGAGGACGGCGAGGAGGAGAAGGACAAGGAGGAAGAGGAGGAGGAGGAGGAAGACGUAAACGGACUGAAGGAGAAAGAGAUUAAGACUGAAACAAAAAAGGUGUUGGACUCGAAAGCUUCAAACGGUAAACUAGACGACAGUCAGACAGCCGGACACAUGAACACGGUGGGCCGGCUGCAGAGCCGGGUGGUGGUGAUCACCCGCGAGGUGCCGUUCCAGACGGUGGCCGACUUUGUGAAAGACGGCGCCGCACGCCACGCGCACAACCCGGAGCUGUACGAGCGGCAGGUGUGUCUGCUGCUGCUGCAGCUGUGCUCCGGCCUGGAACACAUGAAGCCGUAUCACGUGACGCACUGCGACCUGCGGCUGGAGAACCUGCUGCUGGUGCACAGCCAGCCGGGCGCCGGCGCCUGCAGCCCGGACGCCCUGGAGCCCAACAACAACAGCAGCAACAGCAGCGCCGGCUCUGCUGCAACCAGCGCCGCCACCGCUGCAGCCAACGCCACGUGCCCCGCCCGCCUCAUCAUCAGCAACUUCUCCCAGGCCAAACAGAAGAGCACCCUGAUGGCGGCGGACCCCGGCACGCUGCGCGACCAGUCACGCCUGGCGCCGGAAAUCGUCACGGCGACUCAGUACCGCAAGUGCGACGAGUUCCAGACGGGGAUCCUCAUCUACGAGAUGCUGCACCGGCCCAACCCGUUCGAGGAGACGCCGGAGUUGAAGGAGCGCGAGUACACGUGGGCGGACCUGCCGCCGCUGCCCGCCAGGUCGCUGUACUCACAGGGUCUACAGCAGCUCGCCCGCCUGCUGCUCACCGUCAACCCGUCCGAGAGGAUCCGCAUGUCGGAGGCGCGGGCCUGCCUGCAGUGCCUCCUCUGGGGCCCCCGGGAGGACCUGUUCCAGGCGCUGGGCUGCAGCAGCUCGGGCCCCGUGUCGGGCGCCACCGCCAGCCAGCGCGAGGCCACCCUGCAGAACUGGCUGGACCUGAAGCGGACUCUGAUGAUGAUCAAGUUUGCGGAGCGCUCGCUGGACGCGGCGUGCGGCGUGAGCCUGGAGGACUGGCUGUGCUGCCAGUACCUCGCCUUCGCCACCACGGACACGCUGAGCCGCGUGGUGCACAUCCUGCAGCAGCCGCAGACACAAACACACCCGACACACUCGACUCCGUCGCAGCCGCUCUGAGCUCCUGCAGCCAGCGUCACUAUGGCAACAGAUCCAACUUCCCCCGUGCGGUCCCCCGGCUGCUAAUGUGUGAUGUGAGCUCAUCGUCGGCUUCGUGCUGCAGCAGAAAGGAGACGAGCUCCGACUCUUCUCACAUCCAAAAACAUCAGACAUCAGUUCUCUUCAUUCAUUCUGCUCCUCAUCUGUUUCUGCAGCUGGUCACAGAAAAUAUUAUCUUACUUUUUAUGUGUUUAUCAGCCAAAUUCUGCAACACAACUACAGAUCAGAUAGAGAUGGAGAUGAAUGGAUGGCAGUCUGUCUCCAGGGUUCAUCUGAGGCUGUCAAAUUAGUUUUUAAGGUGUAUAAAAAGGCCCAAAAGCACUGAGAGAACCUGUGUUUCUAGUUCUGGAUGUGACUUACGGAUCAUUUUCAAUAGUUUUUUUAUUUGAGUAGCCUGUAAUGUUACACACAGCAGGAGAACUGUUGGUCAACAGAGAUAGAAAAGCAUUUAUUUUUUACUUUCCACAUCAAACUCUGUUCAGUCAUGCUGUUGUUGUAGUGACGUCUGAUGACCAGCAGGUGUCAGUAAAUGUUCCCUCUAAGCUUUUAUUUGUCUUACUUUUACUUUAGUCUGACUUGUUGCCAAACAGCAGAUCAAAUUUAUUUAUCAAGAUCAUUUAGAAACAAGUCAAAGUGCUGCAGGGAGCGGAGCAGCUCCAUCAGGUCACAGAAAAAAAGAAACGCUGAUUAAAAAACAGUCAAGCACAAACCAGCUGAUGGUGAAUAACGAGCAUCAUUUAUUCGUU